AUGGAUUUAAUUUGUUAGAAUUAAGGCCAUAAAAAUUAGAUUGAGUUUGUUUGCAUGAAGGAUUCCUGUUAAGAAUGUCGUUUUUCUUGUUUUGAAUGUUUAUAAUGUGGAAAUCAUAAAAACCAUAUAGAAGAUGUAUAAAAAUUUUCUGCAUUUUUGAAUUUAAUAAAGCAAUAAUCAUUUGAUUAUGAUGAUCUUAUGAAUAAGCUUGAAAAUUGGAUUAAUCAUAUGAAUAAUAAAUUUGGGGAAUUAAAAAAAGGAUUAGAAACGAGAUUUAAAGAAAUAACAUAAUUAUCUAAGAAUUUUAAUAUAACUCACUUUAAUGAAGUUUCAUCGUGUUUCUUUUCAUUUCAAAAGAGUAAAUAGGAAUUGUAUUAAUUAAUCACAGAGAAUAUAGGAAGUUUAUCUGAAACUAUAAAAAAUAGUAGAAAAAUUUUAUGUUUAGAAGAAAAAAGUCAUUAAUAAAUAAGUAAUAAAGAAUUGAAACCAUUUAAAUAUGAAUUGAUAAAUUAAAUAAAAGAUGAGUAUAUAUUUGCUUUUGCAUUUAAUAAGGAAGCUACUAUUUUAGUGGCUGGAUAUGAAUCAAGCAAAAUAAAAGUAUUUGAUUUUUAACAAGGAUAAUUAAGAUAAAUGUAGGAAUUAAGUAAUCAUAAUAAAAGAGUUAGAUGUAUUUACUUUUUGUAAAAAUCACUUUCAUUUAUCUCUGGCAGCUAUGAUAGGUCAAUUAUUCUAUGGGAAGCAUAAGAAAAUAGAAUUUUUAAUUGUAAAUAAGUACUUGAGGGACAUACUGAUGAUAUUAAUUGUUUGAUAAUUAAUAAUAAUGAUGACUUAAUUAUAUCAGGCAGUGAUGAUAAAACCAUUAGAAUAUGGGAAAAAAAUGAUAAAUGGUAAAGUUUAUAAACAUUAACAUAUCAUAAUGGGAGUGUAUUUUGUAUUAGUAUGAAUGAAACUUAAAAUUAAUUAAUUUCUUGUGCUGCUGAUAAUCUUAUUGUUGUAAGUCAAAAAGAUUAAGAUAGUUCUUUAUGGAAUAUUUAAUAAACUAUUAAAGUAGAAUGGGGUUCAAGAUUAUGUUUUAUAAGUAAUACUUUAUUUACUUAUCAACCAUAUAAUAAAAAGUAAAUGAUAAUUUAUGAAUAAAAUAAAUUAAAUUAAUAAUUUAUUAAAUAAAAGGAAAUUGCUGUAAAAUUUGGAAAAGAUUGUUUUUGGUAUUUUCCUCAAAAAUAUAUUUAAUCAAAAUAACUUCUUCUAAAUAAAAAUGGAAGCAGUUUAAAUUUAAUUAAAAUAAAAGAAAAUGGAGAAUUUUUGUAAGAAUAAAUUAUCGAUUUCGAUGAUAAUUAUAUACAUGGAGCAAUUUCAGAUGAUGGGGAGUAUUUAAUUACCUGGGAUUGCAAAUCUGAAGAAAUUUAAAUUAGAUAAUAUUGUGAAUGA